GUGCAGGACUCGAUCCGGCGCGGCCGCAUCAGUGCAUGGCGGCAUCACUGGCAAGAUGAUCCGUCGGAGAAAGAUUUCGAAGCUGCCUCCCCCAUGGGCUAUGCCAAGAUGAAGGGCUAUCAACGUGUGGGCGUGCGAUGGCUCUUGUCCCUGGCAAAACUGGGCUAUGGCGGCUUGGCAGGGAACUCUGUG